UGAGCGACGAUGUCUGGACGCGGCAAAGGCGGCAAAGGUCUCGGCAAGGGAGGCGCUAAGCGCCACCGCAAGGUCCUGCGAGACAACAUCCAGGGCAUUACAAAGCCUGCGAUUCGCCGUCUCGCCCGCCGAGGAGGGGUCAAGCGCAUCUCCGGGCUUAUUUAUGAGGAAACCCGGGGAGUGCUUAAGGUGUUUCUGGAGAACGUCAUCCGCGAUGCAGUGACCUACACCGAGCACGCCAAGCGCAAGACCGUCACAGCCAUGGACGUGGUGUACGCCCUGAAGCGCCAGGGCCGCACCCUGUACGGCUUCGGCGGCUAAGCCAGCGACCCCCCCCAACCCUUAACUCCUAAAGGCCCUUUUCAGGGCCCCCAAAGCGUCACGGAAAGAGCUGUAAACGCUGAGCACGAGGCUUAAGCGCAGUGUAGCAGCUCCGGCUGCCUAGGAUGGG